AUGAACUUCUUCCACGUUCAUCCUGCCAAUCCUCGAGACGAUUUCAUGCUCCUUUCACCACUUGAUCCAGAUCAUGAAUUGAGUACCUACCAAUGUUACGACAAGAAACGGAAAUACUACUUCUGUCCAAAAUGUGGAGUGCGAUGCUUUACGUUUACUGGCGUGGGCGAGACCGAUGUCGUGGAUUUUACAGAGCUUGCUGAUAACAAAGAAGGGAAGAGAGAAGUUUGGCGCGCGAACUGGGAUGGAGAGAAUGAUACGAGACCGUAUGUUUCAGUUAAUGGGACUACGAUUGAUGCUAGAGAGGAUUUCGAUCUACGUGUUCUCACUGAGGAGAAGAGAGUGCAGUAUUUUGAUGAUCGGAGUGAGCCUGAGGAGAAGAAGAAGGAGGCAAGAUGGGACAGACCACAUUAUGGUGGAAGUUAUUGA